AUGACUGCAUUGUCAUGGGAGAGGUUCAAGGAAGAGUUUGACAACAGAUUCUUUCCAGACUCUGUCAAACAACUGAAGGCCCAGGAGUUCGCGUCCUUAACACAAGGUAGUUUGACUGUGGAGCAGCAUGCCGCUAAGUUCAUGGCAUUAGGAAGGUUUGCACCCCACUUGAUUUUAACUCAAAAGAUGCAAGCACAAAAGUUUCAAGCAGGACUUCUACCAAGAAUCCGAAGUCGGGUAGCUUGCCUCAGAAUAGAGAAUCACAAAGAGUUGGUAAAUGUAGCGGCGAUAGUAGAGGCUGAGCAGAAGGAAUUGGCGAUUCAGAAUCUUACCGAUCGAAAGAGAGCCAUGCCAUUUGCUGUCAGUAGUAGUGCUGAGAAAAUGAGGUCUUUUUCUAGUCCGGAGAAAGGUAAGGGAAUAAUGACAGGAGGACAGAAGCCGUCCUUUUAUUCAUCAUGCUCUAAGUGUGGUAAGCGUCAUUCUGGAGAAUGUCAUAGGGGAUAUGGAGUCUGUUAUCGAUGCGGGAAAUCUAGACAUAUGAUUAGAGAUUGUCCCAACACCAUGCAAGGCAGUGGAGCUGGUGAUCGCAAGCCAAAGCCCCAUAUCCCGGCACGCGUGUAUGCAAUAACCCCAGGUGCGUCGCAGUCCUUUAUGUCUGCAGCAUUUGCACAAAUUUAUAGUUUACAGACUGAGCUUUUACCACGACGGGUUGUAGUAUUAAUUCCCAACAAGAAUACAGUAUCUUGUACCCGUUUAGUUAAGGAUUGUCCGUUAGAGCUAGAAGGAAGGACACUGAAGGCUAACUUGUUAGUAUUCGGUCAAAUGGAAUUCGACCUGAUUUUGAGGAUGGACUGGCUUUUCAAGCACUACGCUAAGAUAGAUUGCCGGAAACGAGAGGUUGUGUUUGAACCUCCAACUGAAGACAGGAUGAGUUACGCAAGAACAUCAGUUAAGGCCACCCCACCUUUGAUCUCAGCGUUGCAAGCUAGGAAAUGUAUCGAUGAUGGAGCCUCAGCGUUUCUAUUGAUAACUGUAGAGAAGACAACCAAAACUAUAGGAAUCCAAGAGAUACCUAUGGUUGAAAACUUUCCUGAAGUUUUCGUUGAUGAGUUACCUGGUUUACCACCGGAUAGAGAAGUAGAAUUCCAAAUAGGGUUGGAACCGGCAACAACUCCGACUCACAAGGCGCCAUAUCGUAUGGCCCCUACCGAAUUGAAGGAGCUCAAGCUACAAUUGGAGGAACUUUUGGAGAAGGGUUUUAUCCGUCCCAGUUCUUCGCCAUGGGGAGCACCUGUGUUAUUCAUGAAGAAAAAAUAUGGAUCUAUAAGGGACUGA